AUGUCGAUAUCUCCGAUCUUGCUUCUCAUUUUAGCUGUCGUCGUGCUGGCUCCAAUCAAAGCAAUGAACCCGAGGAAGCUUGACCAGACCACCUCCACCGACACAGCCAUUGGUGGAUCAACCGACGACCAUCAAAUCAAGUGCGGUGGUUGUCCUUGCAACAACCCUUGCAACACGAGUCCUCCUCCACCGCCACCGUCACCACCACCACCCAAGAAGCCAUCUCCAACUCCGGGUCUCAACUGCCCUCCACCGCCCUCAUCAUACAUUUACAUAAAUGGUCCACCAGGGAAUCUGUAUCCCAUCAACCCAUACGCCUCAUCUGCCGACCAUCGGGUGUGGGUGGCUCCGUCGCUUCUGGUUGUUACCGGAGUAGUGGGUAUGCUUGCUUUUUGGUAAGUUCCUUUAGAAUCAAUCUCGGAAUUCAAGGCAAAAGGAUAAAAGUUGAUGGAUACCGGGUGGAAGAUUCUGAUUCCAAGAGGAAAAAAGAAAUCUUUAUUGUGAAUCACAGCACUUAAUUUCUAAAUAACAAAUAAUUCUCUAGUUUUUAUUAUUUUUUGGUUAUUUAUUAAUCGUGUGGACAGGGUUACCUAUCUAAUCCUAGUCGAUUAUAUAUCGAUUUCAUCUUAUUGUGGCUCUUGUUACACACAAUAAUUUGGACGAACUGGAAAUCAACCAAAGUCAUAAUUAUAAAUAAUAGACAAGUUAUUUAUUAA